CGCGUAGGCGCCAUGCGACUCGAGCGGAACGACACACUGCAAAAUAGUCAGACAAUUCGUUAUGACGCGCUCAACAGUAUUUAAUCUACUACGAAACACAAAAGGAGGGCAAUUCAGCACAUGUGAUGAAAUAAUUAUUUCGCAGGAAUGCCGCCGCUCUACAAUUUCGUUUCUAUUGUUUUAGGAGUCUUCUAAACUUGGACGGUAGCAGCGGGUGAAAAGAGCUUGGUUUAAAGGGGCGCUCGCUCUGACAUAAGCAUGGAGAAGGAGAGAGCAAAUGAAUUUGACAGGGACCAGCAGUAUUGUGAGCUUUGUGGAAAGAUGGAAAACCUGCUUAAAUGUGGACGGUGUCGGAACUCUUUCUACUGUAGUAAAGAACACCAGAAAGCGGACUGGAAGAAGCACAAGCAGUUUUGUAAAGAGGCCGAGAAACCUCAGUGUCAGCGGCAGUCCGAAUCAACACAACAGCCCGUACGGACUGCGAAAGGAGGGCAAGACAGGCAGCUUAAAAAGAAAAGCACCGAGGAACAGAAUGACACAGCUUCUCAGAGCACCACAAACACUGGGCCUUCAAAUCCGCCGACAGAUGGCGAAAGAAUGAAAGAUUUUAUCACUUCGGUAACUUGCUCGGGUAGUGUGUCUGACAGCAAGCAGACUGGGGAAGGAAUUAAGCUCAGCUCUAAAACCAACGGACAAAUGAGGUCCCCCCCGCAAAAACUGGCUAUGGACUAUAUCGUUCCAUGUAUGAGUAAGCAUGGCAUCUGUGUUGUUGACAAUUUCCUUGGAGAAGAGACUGGACUGAGUAUUUUGGAGGAUGUGAGAGCCCUCCACAAGACUGGUAAAUUUACUGACGGACAGUUGGUUAUUCAAAGAAGUGACUCCACUAAAGAUAUACGAGGAGACAAAAUAACCUGGACUGAAGGAAGAGAGCCUGGUUGUGAGAAGAUAGCCUUUCUCAUGAGUCGCAUGGACGACCUGGUCCGACACUGUAAUGGUAAACUGGGAAACUACAGAAUAAAUGGAAGGACGAAAGCUAUGGUGGCCUGUUACCCAGGCAACGGGACUGGGUAUGUACGUCACGUGGAUAACCCUAACGGCGAUGGGAGAUGUGUAACGUGUAUUUACUAUCUCAAUAAAGACUGGGAGGCUAAGGAACACGGAGGAAUCCUGAGGAUUUUCCCAGAGGGCAAGGCACAGUUCGCCGACAUAGAGCCCAAGUUCGACCGCCUGCUCUUCUUCUGGUCGGACCGGCGGAACCCCCAUGAGGUGCGGCCAGCGUACCACACCAGGUAUGCCAUAACAGUAUGGUAUUUUGAUGCCGAUGAACGAGCUCGGGCCAAGGAGAAAUACCUAACAAGUGCAGGAGAAAAGGGAGUAAAGGUGGAAUUGAACAAGCUGUCAGAUCUGAGCUAAUAUGAGAGAAGCGGUUGGUCCUGAGGCGUCACUGCCAUCACCUGCUGCUGCUGCUGUGGACAGAGGGGGAAAGAGGGAGGGAGGGAGAUGGCAGGAUGAAGAGGAGGGAGACGAAAGAAACCGACUCGGACUAGUCAGCUUUCUUUACACUUACUAUCCAAAGUUGACACACAUGCAACACACAACACACACACAGACCCUGAAUGUGAUGUCAUUGCGCUGCAAGGACUCAUCAUUUUUUGCCAAGUUUCUGUUUUUGCUUGUUGCUUUGAUUUUUUGACUUUAUUAUGUGAAGAAUGCCGGUGUAAAAAUGAGCUAUGGAGAAGAGAAAAAAAGGAAGGAGUGAGCCAAAUGCAAAAAAAAAAUAUUAUUGUUAAAUUUGGGGUGAUAAAAGAAGUGUACCCAUAUGUACUUA